ACUCUCUCCACAGCAUGUGGCGUUUCCUGGUGUUCGCCUCCCUGGUCCUGUGCGGACAUGCUACCGAGGACUUUCCAGAAACUAACGCAAGGGUAGUCGGAGGGACUGAGGUCCAGAGGAACUCUUGGCCAUCUCAGAUUUCCCUCCAGUACCGCUCUGGAGUGUCAUGGUACCACACCUGUGGAGGGACCCUCAUCCGAACCAACUGGGUGAUGACAGCUGCUCACUGUGUGGACAGCCAGAUGACGUUCCGAGUGGUGGUGGGCGACCACAACCUGAGCCAGAACGACGGCACGGAGCAGUACGUGAGCGUGCAGAGGAUUGUGGUGCACCCCAACUGGAACAAGAACAACGUGGGCGCAGGCUAUGACAUCGCCCUGCUGCGUUUGGCCCAGAGCGUUACACUCAACAACUACGUCCAGCUGGGUGUUCUGCCUCAGGAGGGAACAACCCUGCCCAACAACACUCCGUGCUACAUCACAGGCUGGGGGAAGACCAGAACCAACGGGCAGCUGUCCCAGACCCUGCAGCAGGCCUACCUGCCCACCGUGGACUACGCCAUCUGCUCCAGCACCGCUUACUGGGGCUCCACAGUGAAGAGGACCAUGGUGUGUGCUGGUGGGGACGGAGUCCGCUCAGGAUGCCAGGGUGACUCUGGAGGCCCCCUCCACUGCUUGGUGAAUGGCCAGUACUCUGUCCACGGAGUGACCAGCUUUGUGUCCAGUCAGGGCUGCAAUGUCUCCAGGAAGCCCACAGUCUUCACCCGAGUCUCCGCUUACAUCUCCUGGAUGAAUAACGUCAUUGCCUACAACUGAGCGCUCUCCUCGGCCCAGUGGCCUUCCUGAGAUGGUUCGCAGCUCUGCAAUAAGGCUGGAAGGAAGCCGGAAGGAACUAGGGCUGGGGUCAUCACUCAGUGGCAGAGCACUUGUGUGACAGGUGCGAAGCCCUGGGUGGUGGAUCUCCAGUGCCUGGGGCAAAGGUGGGGGCCUAAUGAAAAAACAUCUCUGAGACUAUUGAACCAGAUACAGAAAGGCAAAUAAAACGGAAUGUAU